AUGAAUUCCAGCAGGAGUGUAGCGUUUUGCAUUGCUAUCAUUAUAGCAGCAGCGAAGUGUGCCGCGGCGAACGAUGGAGAAUCGGACGCUUUGGUUGCGAGUGGUUGGUGGUCAAACAAAUAUAUUAAUACUGGAAACAUUACCUCUGAUCAAUAUUGCACGUGGGACGGCAUAACUUGUGACGAUGCGGGCUAUGUCGCAGAGAUAAGCCGGCAUGAUAUGUACUAUCAUCAACUUGGUGAGUUGGAUCUACUUGCUUUUCGAAACAUUGCGAGAAUCGAUCUCAGUGGAAUGUGGCUCACUGGAGGCAUCCCACCCGAAAUAGGUGCUCUUUCCAAACUAACUUAUCUCAAUUUUUCGCGCAAUGAUCUCACAGGCAAUGUGCCUUUUUCCCUCUCAAAUCUCACCAACUUACAGUACCUCGACAUUUCAUAUAACUUCUUUGGUGGUGCCAUUCCAUCCGGAAUAGAAAAUCUUACGAGCUUGGUUGCUCUUGAUUUGAGCAACAACUAUUGGAUUAAUGGCUCUUUGCCUUCCACCUUGGGCCGAUUGACAAGAUUGGAAUCUUUGAAAUUGAAUGAUAAUCAGCUGAAAGGUUUCUUUGAAGCAGGGAUUUCAAAACUUCCUUCAAUCAAAACGAUCGACUUAAGUGGCAACCUAAUUUCCGAACAGAUACCAUUUGACCUUGGAUAUUAUGCUAAUGCACAUUCACUGAGCAUCGAUCUUUCCCACAACAACCUCUAUGGUACAGUCCCUAAAUCUCUUUCCAAUUUGAGAAACAUCAACUUAUCCUACAAUGAUUUAGAGGGUCGAGUUCCAUUUGGGGUUUGGUAUGCAUUGCCAGAAGGCUCAUUUCUUGGCAACGACCGAUUACUUCCCCCUAGAGACUCCACAACACGUGCAUUAGAUACGAGAGUAAUACUCCCACUUGCUCUUUUCUUUGGCUGCCUUUAUUCCGCUAUGUUCAUCGUAUUCAUCUAUUACUACUUCAAGGGAAAGAAGACAACCCCAGUGAAGCCCGAUCUCAAACACGGAGACAUUUUCAAAAUAUGGAAUUACGACGGUAAGAUCGCAUACAAAGACAUCAUCGAAGCAACACAAGAUUUCGACUUCACUCACUGCAUCGGAAGUGGAGGCUACGGCAGUGUCUACAGAGCACAACUGCCAACGGGAAAAGUGGUUGCGGUAAAAAAGCUCCACAGAUUCGAAGGAGAGAAUCCAAUUUUCGACGCGUGUUUUAAGAAUGAGGCCAAAGUUCUGUCCGAAAUACGACACUGGAACAUAGUGAAGCUUUUCGGGUUUUGCCUACACAAGCGCUGCAUGUUUCUCAUCUAUGAGUACAUGGAAAUGGGCAGCCUAUUUUAUGUCUUGAGGGACUCAAACGAAGCUGUAGAGCUAAAUUGGGCAAAGAGAGUAAAUAUCGUGGAGGGAAUUGCACGCGCUCUUUCUUACAUGCAUCAUGAUUGCAGCCCACCAAUUUUGCAUAGGGACAUCUCCACAAGCAACGUACUUCUCAGUUCGAAGCUCGAAGCUUUUGUGUCUGAUUUCGGCACCGCUAGGUUGUUGGAUCCCGAUUCUUCCAAUCAUACUCUAAUUGCCGGCACUCACGGCUACAUUGCACCUGAAUUGGCAUAUACCAUGGCUGUUACGGAAAAAUGCGAUGUCUACAGCUUCGGAGUGGUGGCGUUGGAAACCAUGUUUGGAAGUCAUCCGGGGGAAUUUCUUACAUCCGUGUUCGUGUCCGAAAGAAAUUCCGAAAACUUAAUGCUCCAAGACUUGUUGGAUAAGAGGCUACCGUCUCCAGAUGAUGAAGAUCUAAAGGCGGCAAGGGAUGUAGUUCGUGUAGUGAGAAUAGCACUAACAUGUGUGAGUUCAGACCCAAAGUCUCGACCGUCGAUGAGUCGAGUUUGUGACGAACUUGAUGUUCGCGGGCCACCACUUCCAAUGCCUUUACGCAGCAUAUCUAUCUCGCACCUCAUGCAUAUGUAAUGAGUUAUUAAGUUUUAUGGAGUUAUUUAUGUUCCUAAGAAGUUGUGUUUAUUAGUGAACUUGAUUAGUUCUUGUUA